UGGGCUCCCGGCUCCGCUCCCCGCUCUCAGGCACCGCCCGCGCCGCCUACAAAAGCCGCGGCGGUGUCUGAGCUCCGGCUGCUCUCGGAGGGUCCCGGCCCCGCUCCAGCAUCAGCCGAACGGAGCCGAACGGCCCGGACCGAACCGAACCGAACCGACUGGAAGGUGAAAAGCGCUGCCCGGUCCCGCUGCGUCCCCCCCAGCGAGAGGGGCUGCCAUCCCGACACGGUUGUGCUCUGCCAUGGCUGCGUACCCUGCUGCGGCUGCACCCAGAAGAGGAAGGGAGCAGCACUCUGAACCAGCCGCGCCUGGAACUGGAAGGGUUCCAAACCCCGACGUGGCUGGGCUCUAAACCCGGAGGGUCCUGCACUCCGAUCUGCCUUCGUGCCCCAAACCUGCGUGCCCUGAGCCAGCUGUGCCCUUAACCAGGAGGGUGCUGUGCCCCAAAGCAUCCUCACCCCUGAACCUGCUGCACCCUGAAGCAUCCUCACCCCCAAACCCGGAGGGUGCUGCUCCCCAAAUCAUCCUCACCCCAAAGUGCUGUGCCCUGAAGCAUCCUCCCCACCGAAUCUCCUGUAUCCUAAACCCAGAGGGCUCCGUGUCCCGAAGCAAUCCUCCUGCCCAGUCCAGCAGUGCCACGCUGUGAUGGAUGACUCCCCACCGCUGGAAGCAGAGCUGGAGCACCGAUGGCUGCUCAAUGCCUCCCUGAACGAGUCCUCUGCCAACCAAUUUGUCCAGCCCCCGUGGCAGGUGGCCCUGUGGGCUGUUGCCUACACCCUCAUCGUGGUGGUGUCGGUGGUGGGGAACGUGGUGGUGAUGUGGAUCAUCUUGGCUCACAAGAGGAUGCGCACCGUCACCAAUUACUUCUUGGUGAACCUGGCUUUUGCUGAAGCCUCCAUGUCUGCCUUCAACACGGUGGUGAACUUCACUUAUGCCAUCCACAACGAAUGGUACUAUGGGCUGCUCUACUGCAAGUUUCACAACUUCUUCCCCAUUGCUGCUGUCUUUGCCAGCAUCUACUCCAUGACAGCCAUCGCCCUGGACAGGUACAUGGCCAUCAUCCACCCGCUGCAGCCCCGGCUCUCAGCCACCGCCACCAAAGUGGUCAUUGGUGUCAUCUGGCUCCUGGCCUUCCUGCUGGCCUUCCCACAGGGCUACUACUCGGUGACAGAGGAGCUGCCGGGCCGACUGGUGUGCCUGGUGGCAUGGCCGGAGCACAGCACCGACGUGUAUGGAAAAACGUAUCACUUCUGCAUGACUGUCCUGAUCUACUUCUUGCCACUGCUGGUGAUAGGCUGUGCCUACACCGUGGUCAGCAUCACCCUCUGGGCAAGCGAGAUACCCGGUGACUCCUCCGACCGCUACCACGAGCAGGUCUCAGCAAAGCGGAAGGUGGUGAAGAUGAUGAUCAUUGUGGUGUGUACGUUUGCACUGUGCUGGCUGCCCUACCACAUCUACUUCACCCUGCAGUAUUUCAACCCCGAGUGGUACCUGCAGAAGUUCAUCCAGCAGGUCUACCUGGCUGUCAUGUGGCUGGCCAUGAGCUCCACUAUGUACAACCCCAUCAUCUACUGCUGCCUCAAUGACAGGUUCCGCGUGGGCUUCAAGCAUGCAUUCCGGUGGUGCCCAUUUGUCAGUGCUGUUGCGUACGAGGGCCUGGAGAUGAAGUCAGCCAGGUACCUGCAGACACAGAGCAGCAUGUACAAAGUCAGCCGGAUAGAGACCACCGUGUCCUUGGCGGUUGGUGCAGCCGAGGAGGAGCUGGAAGAGAGCAAAAAGGGCAAACGUCUUUCUGUAGACAUGACCUCCAAUGGCUCCUCACGCAGUGACUCCAAAACUGUCUCCGAAAGCUUCAGCUUCUACUCCAACACACUCACCUAAGCAGUUCCCAAACUCUGUUAGCCACCCAUCUGAAUGCUGCCAUACCUUUCCCUCACUGGGAUGCUCCAGCACGUGAUCCACCCAGCAUCAUCACUCUGGUUUUAAUGUACUGGCUUCUGUCUGUGCUGUUUUUUCAUCUCCUGCUGUGCUGCUUCUCACCUGUGAUGCUUGAGCGAACCCAAGAGCAAAAGCUUCAGACUGGUUUCAUGUGUUCCAUCAUGGCUCAUAUCUAAACACAAGCAAAGGUUUUUCUGGCCUCCACCUUGCUCUCUGCCUCUCCAACCUGCCAAGUGCUGAUAGGCUGCAGAAAUAGAGCAGAGCUGGGUUUUUCUCUUAAACCAGAAGUACAAUGCUGGCAGGCACUUCCCUGCUCUCUGCAGCGGUGUCUCUCAGUGCAUCCAGCCUCCAAGGGAAAAUGAACAAAUCUUUCCUGCUCCCAACUUCAAUUUCAUUCUGUCCUUCCCUGUUGAGUAUCCAGAGAGGUAUUCAAUACCAAAAUCAAGCAGAAAUGCUGGUUUCAACUUCAGGAGCCCAAACACCCUUAUGGCACCACUGGCCACUCAGUGCUUCAGCUGAACAUGGUGGUUUUGUAGUCUCAGCUCAUCUCCAGCACCCACUAUUCUGCAAAAAGCCACUCCACAACACAGUUCAACUCAUCAAAUCAGGGCUUGUGGAAAGGAUUUUAGAAUUAAGCCAGGCUUUGGUAGCCAUUAAUCAUUCAUCUGUGCCAAAAUCAAUCACUGUGAUCUCAUACUGAGCCCAAAGCGAUACGUCAUGCAUAGAUUUUGGAAGUCUGUGGAACUCUGGAGAAGAACUGACUGAAUGGGCAAGUUUUUCACAACCUGGAAGUGCUGGAGCUGCUCAGAAAGAGGCACAGUAGGUUUCCGUUGGAAAAACAAAGCUUUGCCAACAUAAAAUGUUGGAGGGGUGACAGGAAUUUUGCAGAAUUUUGACUCAGAGGAGAGUAGAAAUGAUUUCACUCACCCUUUCUGGAUUCAGGGAAACGUUUCUCUUUUCCUCUCCCUGGCUUGUGUAUGAAACAAUAAGGUUAUGAUGUGUAACUUGGAUGUUUGUUACGUUUUAGUCCUGUUCUGAUGGUGCAGUUUUCACCGGGGGCUGCUCUCAGCAGGGGCUCCUUUGGUCAGUAAAUGUAUGGAAGGGGGGAAAAAUGAAAUAAAAUGAGAAGUUGGUAAGUGUAGCUCGUUAGGAACAAAGCCACCAGUCUGGGGCUGUUGUAUUGACGGCUCCUUCCUGCUCAAGAGCUGCUGGCAUAAUCUUUCACCUUUUUGGUGCAGAAAUCAGACUCACAAAGUGGGUUGAACUUUGCCACAGGUGCUGUGCUGCCAAUACAUGAGAAGGUGCUACAAACCAGAGCCAAAUGCUCAUUUACUUCCAGCUGCCAACCCAAAAUGAAGGCAAAAAUGGAUGUUUCAAAGUGCACUGGAGAGCCAGCAAGUAAGGCCAGCAGAGAUCUGGUCCGCACACACCAUCCUUGAGCGCACAAGUUUGUGUUAGCUUAUGAGCUUACAGAAGUCAGCAUUCAAAUACACAGAAAAUAACCAGACUGCUUUUUUUCUCCCCCGUGUCUGAUGCCCUCAGGACGCUUUGAUCAUGAGAUGUGCAGAGAAACGACAGCCUUCUUCUCACAAGCAAUGCUCAGCUUGAAACAUGAGAUAACCGCAAGAGAGUGUAUGAAGACCUCAGAUCAAGGCUUGCAGCCUGAAAUGCCUCUUGUGCCCCUUGUACAAAGUUGUCUCUUGAGAUAAAGCAGGCAAAAUUCCCACCAGUUACAAACUGGGAUGUCCAAAUGGGUAGGAAUGUCUCUGGGGGAAAUUUUCAUCAGAUGGAGGCCAACACAGGAAAAGGAAAAUGCUCUGGGUAAAUGGGAACAUGUCCAAAGCCAAGGGCUUUCCCAACUCCAAGUGCCAAGCUGUCUCACAGGUGGAGGUGGGAACCCGAAUAAGGCUAUUGUAACAUUUAGGCUCCAGGCCAACCUGUGGGAUGGGGUGUUUGCAGCAGGGCUGUGUCCAUGCUGAUGACAUGCUGCGUUCACCAUGUUCUUGGUGUGCAAAAGCCACAGUGAAGUCUUCUUUUGAAGACUGAAAAGCCCAGAAAAAGACUCGCCUGCCUGGGAAGGGGAUGGGGCCUCUGAUCAUGCCAGCUGCUGCAGUACAUCCAGCUUUCCUAUCAGACAGCUCAGUGGUGAUACAGAGACUUUUCCUACUUUGUUAAGCCUGGUUUUCUAGUUUGCUUUCAGAUUUCUGGUUAGAAAUUCAAUUGCAAAGCAAGAGAGUUUCUUUGCCUCUAUCCUGAUUCUCUGAAAUGCAAGACCACACUGACAAGAGCAGCACGAGAGCACCUCGCUUUUGCUUGCUAUUAAUAAUUACAGAAACAAAACCCAACCACACAACUCUCAGGCUUCAGCAACCUGUUAGUCUAAUCACACCAUCCUGCAUCCCCAAACCUGUCUCCAGUUGAGUAAUUCACAUGGUGGUUUUAAUGAAAAGCUUAACAUCCAACUUGGCCCCUUCUCUCAUGGCUUAUCUGCCCAAAAUACCAUCCCUGUUGGAGCUUCUGUCACACCCAUCAGUGAAAUGUGCUUGCUGGGCAUGUCAGAGGAGGGACAAUGAAUCCCAACAGCAGCUGAGGGUAUGAGAAGACUCUCUGGUGUCUCUGCCCUUAACCUUUCCAUCCCAAACAAAAGUCGUCCAGUUUCAGUGCAAUACAAUACGCCUGAGGGAUGUGCUGGGACGAGCUGGGCUGCAAUGUACAUUAAGGGCUUGGGUGUUUGGUGUGGUGCAGUGCAUAGGAGCUUUGGGUGAAGUUCCUCCCGUGGUAGCAUCUCUAUACAGCAAAAGCUUCCCUACACAGAGCCCUCCUGUUCCAAAUGGCUUCUCUAAGUAUUGGGUUUGUUAAGUCCCAGUGGAUUUUCAGAAAUAAAUGUUUCUUUUAUUUAGGCUAUGUUGCAACUGGUUAAUGAGCCUGCAGCUGUGGGAGGCAGUGACCAGCAGCAUGGUGGGAGUAGGGCAGAAGGAGUGAACCAAGAGCAGGUUAUAAUUUGCAGCUCUUAAUUAGAGGAGCAUUGCCGAGACACAUUUGAUUGGCAUCACUGCCAAAGGCCCUGUCCCAUAUGCCUAUUAAGCCCUGUUUCUUUAUUUCCAUAGGUUACUUUAUCAUGCAAAAGGGAGAGGAUGGAUAGUGUCACACAGUGCUGCUGUGUUCUCAGAGAACCCUCUCUGCAGUGGGAAUGUGAAAGCAGAUCUCACUUCUCAGUGAGAUCAGUUCGUCUCAUAGAAUCAUAGAAUCACUCAGGUUGUAAAAGACCUUAAAGAUCAUCCAAAUGUGAGGUCAGCAUCAACACAUCGCCCUUCCCAUAGGGGGUUGUAUCACUUCCCACAUGCACUUGCACAUGACAGGAACGUACUUCUUUGCUAUAAGAAAUGCUCACUGUCACAGUGAUCUGCUGCAGAAAUCAUACAAGCAAAUCCAAAUUUCCCAUGCCCUGGCAAUUUAGCUCAUUUCCUCCCCCUGCAAUCAGACAUGGAAACCUCCAAAUCAAAAGUGCCCCAGCGGGUUUGCAUCAAGGUGGAGGUUCUGAGAAGGAUUUAAGGAGACAGAUACAGGGAUUGUGCCCUGUACUUGCUGUCUGGCAAAGUACUGCAGAGCUCUUCUCUAUCGAUAUCCUGCUUCCCCAGCUGAGAGCUCUGCUGCUAGUUGGAUGCCAUCACCCUCUGGCACAGUUGGUGCAGUACCUGCAAAACCCUCUGGUCUCGUUAUCAGAGCAAAGCCCAGAUGUGCAGCUGAGACUAGAAGUCAGGCUGUGGUACAGCAGUGAAAGCAGGAUGAAGUAUGAGCACAACAGAGCAGCUGCCCAGAGCAGCAGCUUGUUUGCACCUGUACACUUGUCUUUUUAUAGCUGCUGACAGCCAUCCUGGCAGGUAGUGCAGACAUCAGUGACACCAUCAGUCUGAUUAUUUACUACAACAAAGACAUAAGUUCAACUUGAUUAACGUUUCUGGAUUCCACAGUGCUUGGCAUAAACGUUUGCUUAAUGCAUGAGUCAAAAAUAUCCUCAGAAAAUGAAAAUUAGGGAUAGUCAAUUGCUUGCUGCUGUACACCAGUGUUUAAACUGGGGUUUCCAUAGCACCAAAUGCUGUGUUAGAUCAUUAUGCCAAAGAGCUGAAUGAGAAGCAGCUUAAGUGUGAAGUGUACGAAGGGCAGAGGGUUCUUCCUGUUUUUCAUCUGACCUCCUGACCUCCUCACUUCAAUUUCUGCACAGAUCACGGUGGGUUUUGGUUUCCCUCUCACAAAUGGGGCUACUCAGUGAAUUACAGACACCACUUCAACGUGGCCUGCUUGUUUAGACAAGCAAUUAUGUUUUAGCACUGAACUAAAUGAAUCAAGCAUUAGCUAAUGAAAGAUCUGAGAACCUGCUGUGGCAAUUCAAAAAUCAACUCAAUCCAAUUGCAAGUGUGAAAUAAGGAUUAAGAGCAGUUCCCAUAUUCUUGGUGCAGCCAAGUAAACACAUCGAGAGGGCUUUGCAUCAGCAAGACCCAAACACGAGAAGCAGCUAAGGAAAGGAAGGGAAUGGGAGAGACCAAUUACUGCUAAAUAGGAUGCUUGAGCAUGGUGAUGGUUCAAUUAAAAGUCAAAUGUGAUUAAUUUGAGCAAUUUGAUGGACAAAGAAGAGUCACAGAGAGGUCUGGUAUGUCCUGGUGUCACUGCUGGUCUCAGUGCGUGACAUCAGGUUGCUCAAGGCCUCAUCCUGGAACAUCUCCCAGGACAGAGAUCCCCACUGGGAACAGCUUCUCGUGGCUCAUGCCACAACCAGUGCACCCACAGGAACAGCUUAUGCUGAUCCUGCUUUCCCCUUUCACUUUCAUAUAAGCAGCUAUAACCUUUCCAACCAAAACAUUCUGGCUACAGAAGACUGAAGUGUCAAGCAACACACUUCUCCUGGAGGCACAGUCAUUAUGAACAGCAGCAUUUCACACUCCUAAAAGCAUUAGCAUGCAAAACACUUCCAAAAAUAUGAUUCCUACUUAUUGCAAAGCAGGUUGUGCUGUCCAGGUUGAUUAAAAAGAUUUCACAGAGGUAACAAGAUAAAAUUUUAACAGUAAAAGGAAGAAGAAAAGAUGUGUUGUUCUGAACCAUUCUUCCUUCUGUGGAGGCAUGCAGCCAUGAUGACAACAGCAGAUAAUGUUGGUACUGAGGGAUGUGUAGUUGAUUAUGGCAAGCUGUUGAUGGCACAAAAGCUUCCCUGGCAUCAUCAAAUGGCUGCAAAUCUGCACUGAAAUUGAGGAAUUUAGGAGUCCUCACCCCAAAGAGCAGCGGGUCUCUUUGCAUGACACUUCUGGUACUCACAGCCUUUAGAACAAAGAUUGCAUGUGAUUUCAGCCCCACCACCACCAGUCCUGCUGCCUUUCACCAAGAUAAGAUCACAUAGAUCUAGAAGGCUGAGAUUGAUACCCACGACUGAAUUGGAGCACAGCAAAAACUCUCCAGCCACACUCACCAGAUCUGAGUCCCUCUUAGAUGGAGUUAAGACUUUACCUUGCAGCACCAACAUUACUGUGUUACCACCUCUCUCCACAAAACCCUCAGAUGUUUGACACACAGAUGGUGGUAUCCACACUGGGAUUUGACCAGCAGCAUAAAAAGGAGCAGAGGCACACAGAGCACGUGUUCGGAGAUGUCAGAGCUGCUCAACAUGCUUAGGAGAUGGAGUACACAGCAAUAAGGCUCUACAGAGCAUCUCAGGCCCAAGAUGCUCUCCCCACAUCCAUCUAGAAAGUCCUUCCUUUUGAGGAGUGCUAAGAAGUGAGGCAAGGUGAGCUGUCCUGCUCUUCAAACUAUCUGAUUUUCUGCCCUGCUCUUCAGAGGCACAGGGCAUUCAAAGCACUUUCCAAGGCAUUCAUGCCUCCAAAUACACCAGUCCACCUGGCAGCCUACGCAAAGACUCAGAGCUCAGCGACUCACUCUUUCCCCCCUGGACAGAGGGAAUCACUAAGCUUGCCCUAUCACAUUCAGACUGUGUGUCCCACCCUGCUCUCCCCCAUGCAUACACAGCACUGCUCUAACCCCUUAUUCACCAUCGCCAACAUUCUUUGAAACUGCUAAGACUCCUAAAUCCCAAAAUAAAUUGGCCUGAAUAAGCACGCCUCAGUUCCAGCCGGACUGCUGUGGGCACUAUCAUCUCUGCAGUGGGUUCCUGUGCUCAGAAACAACUGCUGCUGCAGGUCCUGGGAACUGUGGCAGCUGAGCCCAGAACAGCCUGCAUUUCUUUCCCUUCAUCUGCAAGGGAAAUUCGCCCAGAACAACACAUGUGUGGGCACAGUCAGUCACCAGCACCGUGCUGUGCCAACGUGGCUGCUGCUGGCUCCAGUGGCCUCAGAGGAUUUACAGCACACGGCAUCCUUCAAAUGCUUCCAACUCGACAAUCUUGAUUGCUCUGUCAGAACCUUGAGGACUUCUCAGCUGGAAGCAUCGCCUGCGCUGCAGCCUUGCUACGGGUGGCUUAUAAAUCUCUGCAUGUGAGGAGUUAUUUCAUUUUACAGCUGCUACAGAGUCUGUGAAAUCCUGGAUUUCACAGUACAAAUACUCCAACCGGCGAUAAAACGUGAGAGGUGUUUUAUCAAACAAAAGUUCCAAUCAUUGGUGUUUAUAGCAAACGAGCCAGGAGUCUGCAAAGGGAGAUGUGAGUUCAGCCCUGACACCACCGUACGGCCCCUUGCCCACUAACCUCCCUGCUCAUAAUUGCAUCCACUAACAGAGGGCCAAAAGGAAAACAAAAAACAAAAAACAAAUUCAACUUGUGUUAGUGUAAUCUGUGCCACAGCCUUUCCAGACAUAAAGCAGGCCUCCCUAAUGAGCUAGAAGAAUCAAACCAUUUACCUCUUCUGAGGUCUAAAUCUCUUCCUUGUGCCCCUAGGUAUGAGCAAGGCCAGACAGGAGUAGCUCUGCAACAAUAACAAACAAAGCUAAAAACAGAACGUACUCUGGAAGGGAGAAACGAGUGAGAGGCUGAGCAUAGGAUGUCUGUCUCCAAAAAGGAUCUGCAAUGAAAACCAAAACCGAGCGCCUUCCUUCCUGGUCAAUGGCAGCAGCUGAGCAGGUAUCAAAUCACUUUUUAUUACAGAGGAGAGCAGCAUUUGUUUAAAUAAAAAUAGUAGCAGCAAGUUAAUAAGUGCUCCUGCAGUGUCUGUGGCAGGACAUGGAAAUUACCAGAUAAUCUUUAGUUCAUGGGUCAUUUGUAGAGGGGUGCAACAAGUAGAGUCCCUGCUUGUGCAACAUCAACCUCAGACACUGCAGCAGAGUCCCCAGACACAAGGUGACUGCUUGUGUGCAUAGAAAAGCUGCAGACCCAUGCAUUAACCCAGACUUUGGCAAACCCUUUGUCACAGGUAAGUGCCCAGAAUUGAGCCUAAGUCAGAUGCUUGCAGCCAGCAGCAGCCUCAGGAACCCCGAAGGCUGCAAGCUCAAUAUUCCCUGGCUCUAUUUUUAACCUUGCAGUUGGGGAAGAUCCCUGUUGCUACGCUACCUGUGUUGUGGGUCUGGAGCAGACAGCACAUCUCACCCUGGAACUUGCUGAGCAGCUCAGCAGGACACAAGCAAUGAGGUUUUAAAUCCAUCACGGCAGCUGCAGCAGUCACACAGGAGUGCUGCCCUUCCCGCUUGUCUCAACUUUCCCCUCUUCUCCAGUGCUUGCCUGCAGCUCAGAGACAUCCCCUGAGUUCAGUCACCCCGAAGCUUCCUGCAGCCCUGGCAUAGUGCAGGUAGACAGGUGGAGAAGUGCCAGCAGUUCAGCAGGCAGGCAGGCAGCCUUCCCUUUUGAGUCAUUUCCCAGCUACUUGAGCAGACCUUGUAAGAGCCUGCAGCGCUCCUCCAAGAGGGGAAGAAUCCCUGCACACCUCCAUCAAUUUUGGGUGACUCCAGCAAACAUCCACCAGUCAUAAAUCAAGUUUCCCAAUAUCCCCCCAGUGAUGUAGAGGUCUCGGAGCUGACUGAGUGGGAAGCAGCCACUUGUAGAAGUUCCUGUCACCAGAUGAUGCAUUCUCUUAAUUUCCAGUUAAGUACAGAACAUGAAUAUUUCUGUCCUCGCCUGCACCACUGAUGGCAGGGGAUAAUCAAAUGCUCCACACAUUGCUAUUGCAAGGGCAGGAAUAAUUCGUCUGAACAUCAAAAACCCUCACAGUUCCCUGUGCCUCCUUUAUUUGGGAUGCAAAGCUGGACAUACUGAUUUGUUUACAGUGGCCACUAGAAGCUCAGUUAGGAGGAAAGCAUCAUGAAGCAUGACUUGGCUUUUACAGCCCCCCCCAGUUUAGUCUGGCCCUGCUGGAGCCAGAGAAGAAGAGGGUCAGACCUCUUUGCUUCUGACCCUGAGUCAUUUGGAAAUGAGAUAAAAGCCCUAUAGGGUUUUUCCUCCCCUCAGAGUUCCUCUGAAUUGCUAUUUGCACAAGUGCCCUGGGCUUCCAGGGUACAACAGUUAUGCUGAUGAACAGAUGCCAAUCUCCAGAAGUUGAUUCUAUGGCCAUUUUUGGGGGUGGUUGGAGUUCAGUGCAAAAGCUGGCUGAUGGCUCCCUCAGCUCUGGGGAGCAGGGAAUGGGACCAGGGCUGGCUCAGCAGCACACACAGCGUCUUUCUCCAGCAUCUCUUUCUGAGGACUGCAGUUGGACUCUAAGCACAUCUUUUCCUCUUGCACCAUCCAGUGGUUCAGGCUGGAAGUCUGUUGGGAAGAACUUAGGCAUCCAUUGCAGACGGGUUGAGGCAGCUGCUGGGCCUGGUGGGAAGGCUGCAGGGAGACUUCAUCACAGCCUUCCAAUAUUUAAAAGGAGAUUAUAAUCAG